AUGGCCGAACAGCAGGAGCAAGAGAGCGUCGGUCACGACCAGCUGAUCGCGGGCGAGGAUGACCGCAGUGACAUCCAGGCUAAGGAUGAUGCCGCAUUGCUGCGAACUAUGGGCUAUAAGCCGGUGCUUCAUCGGACUUAUACUUUUUUUGAGAACUUCGCCACCACCUUCGCCGCACUCUACUUUGUGGGUGGUGUCCGCGUCACCUUCAGCACGGGAAUUGCUGCCGGUGGUAACUUGGCUUACUGGACCAGUUACCUGGUCACCAUGGUCUUUACCUUCAUUACCGCCGCUGUGAUUGCUGAAGUCUGCUCUGCUUCCCCCUCUUCUGGUUCAAUCUACCUCUGGGCCGCCGAGGCUGGCGGUCCCCGUUUCGGUCGGUUGCUUGGCUUCAUCGUUGCUUGGUGGAGUACCACCGCCUGGACGACCUUUUGCGCCAGCAACACCCAGUCCGCAGCUAACUAUAUGCUUGCCGAGCUGACCGUCUUUAAUGUCGACUUCCCCAAGGAUACCGAUAGCGUCAAGUUCCGCGCUGUCCAGUGGAUUUGUACCGAGAUUAUGCUCGCCCUGGCCGCUCUGCUGAACUUCAUGCCUCCUCGCUACUUCCGGUGGGUGUUUUGGGUUUCCGCUGCUUUCGUCAUGCUCGAUUUCUUCCUGAAUCUCAUCUGGCUGCCUAUUGGCACUGCUCAGACCUGGGGCUUCCGCUCUACCCACGAGGCGUUCAUGACUACCUACAACGGCACCGGUGCGCCGGCGGGUUGGAACUGGUGUCUUUCUUACCUGGCCACUGCUGGUAUCCUGAUCGGUUUCGAUGCGUCGGGCCACAUUGCCGAGGAGACCAAGAACGCUUCCGUGACUGCAGCUCGUGGAAUUUUCUGGAGUACCGUUGUCAGUGGAUUCGGUGGUCUGGCUACUAUCAUUCUGUUCUUGUUCUGUGCCCCUACCGCGGACAAGCUUAUGGAGUUCGGUUCCCCUCAGCCUUUUGUUCCGCUCUACGCCGUUGUCCUUGGUCAGGGUGGACAUAUCUUCAUGAACAUCAUUUGCAUCGUCGCUCUAUGGCUCAACACCGCUAUUGCUAUCAUCGCCGCCUCCCGUCUGGUCUUCGCAGUUGCCCGUGACGGUGUACUGCCCUUCUCCGGCUGGGUUUCCAAGGUGUACGACGGCCAGCCUCGUAACGCCGUCAUUGUCGUCUGGGGUGUCGCUGCUCUUAUCACCUGCACCAUUCUCCCCUCAAAUGUUGCUUUCACUUCCCUUGUCUCCGCAGCCGGUGUUCCCAGUGCGGCCGCUUACGGUUUGAUCUGUCUGGGUCGACUGUUCUGUACGCCUGACCGCUUCCCCAAGCCCCAGUGGAGCCUGGGCCGCUGGAGCAAGCCCUUCCAGUUCAUCGGUGUAUUCUGGAACGGCUGGGUCGUUGCUGUUCUGUUCUCGCCCUACGAGUGGCCUGUUACUGGCGCGAACUUGAACUAUGCCCCGAUCAUCAUGGCCGGCGUCACUAUCUUCGCCUUGGCUUCCUACGUUCUCAUGCCAGAGAGUGCCUGGCUCCCUAACGAGCGCAUUACGCAUUUCAUCGACAGUAAGGGUGCCGUCGAGACCGUGGAAGAGAUUGAUACUUCAGCUCAGACCGAGGCGAACCUCAGCCGAUGA